UCUCACUGGGAGUCUUUUUGACUUGCUCUCACGCUUACAGCCAGGUUUUUACUUGUCUUUUCCGACGCAGUACCUGCACCACCUUCUAUUAUCAGCAUGGCUUCUGAGUGGUCUGAGGAGUUCAGCUGCCCUGUGUGUCUGGAGACCCUGCAUGACCCUGCCACGCUGCCCUGCGGACAUACCUUCUGCCUGCCGUGCAUUCAGAAACACUGGGACAGGGGAGAGGCGAGGAAGACGUACAGCUGCCCCCAGUGCCGCCAGACCUUCAAUCCGCGGCCAGUGCUAUCCAAAAGCACCUUGCUGGUGGAAGCCAUGGAGAAGCUGAAGCUGAGGAGUACAGAUUGCACCCAGGUCUCUGUUUGCUCAGCACCACCAUCCCUUCCCUGUCCUCUUGUUGGUGGAGAACAGGAUGCUGGGCUAUGCCAGGGUGGAAUAUACCCCAAGCUCCCUGUGACGGAGUGGCUAUGUGCAGACCACGGACGCCCGCUUGAACUGUUCUGCCGCAAUGAGCAGCAGUGUAUUUGCUCUGCCUGUCGGGACCAUGAACAUAAGGACCAUCAAGUGGUCAGCCCUGAGACAGAAAAAAAGGAGAAAGUGCGGGAGUUGGCCCAGAUGCAGGCAGACACACAGAGGAAGAUCCUGGAGAAGGAAAAGCAGUUGCAGAUCCUUCCACUGGAAGCCCGAGCUCACAAGGACUCCUUCCAGGUUCUCCAGCGAGAGAGCAGUCAGAUCUUUGCAGAGUUGGUGUGUAGCUUAGAGCAGAUGAGCCGUCAGGUCACUGAGCUUCUUUGCAAUAAGGAAGCUGUAAGCAGCAGCUGGACAGAAGUGCAAAUCCAAAGGCUGGAGCAGGAGAUGGCACAGCUGCGCAGCAGAGGCGAAGAGCUGAGCAGACUGACACACAUGCAGAACAGUAUCUGCUUCCUAAAGAAUUUCUUAACACUGGAGGCACCACUUCAUGAUGGUGGGGAAGCAGGGGUGAGAGGAAACUCUGAAGCCACCAUCAUGAGCGUGAGGACUGCUUUAGGGGAGUUCAGGGACAGGGUGCAGACAUUGUGCAAAGCUAGCCUACCCCAGAUCAUCCACACAAUAAAUGAUGCUGCAGUUCCGAUGUCCAGUAAUUCAGGGGUCGGUAUUGUGGGACUUGAGAAAGAUGCUGUGGACCCUCUACAUAUCUCAGAAUCAAAUCAAGUGCCAGCCUUCAGCCUCCAAUACACAGAGCCCAAGACAAGAGAAGAAUUUUUAAAAUUUCGCUUUGUACCAACACUGGACCACAACACGGCCUACCGCCACCUGCGCUUGACCGAAGGGAACAGGAAGGCAUCCCUGCGAGCUGAAAGCCAGGCCUACCCAGAACAUCCUGAACGCUUUCAGUACUGGAGACAGAUCCUCUGCCAGGAGCCUUUAGCUGGGAGCCCCUAUUAUUGGGAGGUGGAGUGGAGUGGCCAGAAGGUCACCAUUGGAGUGGCCUACAGAGCGAUGGGCAGAAAGGGGGCAGAUGACAACUGCCGUUUGGGCUACAAUGACCAGUCCUGGGGCCUCUACUGGUCUGGAACCAGUUUCUCCUUCUGGCACUUGGGGAAAGAGAUAGCAGUGGCUGGACCCAAGGCCCGGCGGCUUGGAAUGUACCUUGACCAGCAGGCUGGGGUCUUAGCUUUCUACAGAAUCUCCAAAAAUCAGGCCCACCUUCUUCACAGAGUCCAAGAAAGUUUCUUAGGGCCCCUGUAUCCGGGGUUCAGAUUUGGGUCAGGAAUAGGUGCUAGUGUAACACUUUGUGAACUUGAUUAAAUGGUGCUGGAGUGAAGGUGGUAGUUAGGGAGACCCUUUUAAUGUUUCUCUGAGGGCAAAGAGAAACCUUGACUUUUGUGCACUGUCUUUUUUUUUUUUUUUUUUUUUUUUUUUUU